CAACACAGACGUCCGACGUUGUAAAUAAGGCAGUACUCAUUCAGCCUGCAACCGAAAGACCAUCUUAUUAAAGAAUGUCAGGAAUUGAAGAAACUUCACAUGUAUCAUCAGAAUUUCAGGAUGAGAGGAGGAGCGAGGAAGGGGUCGAAGAGGAGCCCGAGAUUGACUAUGAAAACCCGUUCUGUUAUGUGUUUUACAGAGACAGGAAAGAAUGGGCUGAUUUAGAACCUGUUCCGCAAGAUGAUGGUCCCAAUCCUGUAGUGAAGAUUGCCUACUCUGACAAGUUCACAGAUGUGUAUGACUAUUUCCGAGCGUUAUUGAAGAAUGAUGAAAAAAGCGACAGGGCAUUUGCACUGACGGCUGAAGCCAUUGAACUGAAUGCUGCAAAUUACACUGUAUGGCACUACCGGCGAGUGUUACUUCAGGCCCUGGAGAAGGACCUGAGAGAGGAGAUGAGGUACAUUACAGCCAUCAUCGAGGACCAGCCCAAAAACUACCAAGUCUGGCACCAUAGACGUAUGGUGGUGGAGUGGCUGAACGACCCCUCGGAAGAACUGGAGUUCAUUUCAGAGAUCCUAAGUCAGGACGCUAAGAACUACCACGCCUGGCAGCACAGACAGUGGGUCCUCAAGGAGUACAAGCUGUGGGACAGUGAGCUGGAGUAUGUGGAGCAGUUGUUGGAGGACGAUGUGAGGAACAACUCGGCGUGGAACCAGAGGCACUACGUCAUCUCCCACACCACAGGCUACUCAGACCCAGCCAUACUCAACAGAGAAGUACAGUACAGUCUCAAACAGAUCAAGAAGGCUCCCCACAAUGAAAGUGUGUGGAACUAUUUGAAAGGGAUUCUGCAGGACCGGGGCUUGUCAUCCCACCCGGGUCUCCUGGAGCAGAUCCUGGAGCUCAAGGAGACCCACUGCUCGCCCUACUUACUGGGCUUCCUGGUGGACAUCUACGAGGACUCCCUGGAGAACACCUCAGGAGAUCAGGGCGAGGUCCUUAGCAAGGCCCUGGAGCUCUGUGAGCUCCUGGCCCAGGAGAAGGACACCAUCCGGAGGGAGUACUGGAGCUACGUGGGCCGCUCCCUGCAGACAAAAUACUGCUCCAGUGACCCCUCUACCACCAGCAGCGCCCCAGGAACUGACCGAGGAUCAGCCUCAGCCUCCGUUCACCAGGAGACCACCUGCAGUAGCUAAGAGAAGAAGACAUAGAACCCAAUGGGAGUCGAGGGAGCAACUGCUUUUAUUCAGCCUGAGUUUGUUUGGCAAUAGCGCAGCAUUACCACAUUGGUAAAAUACAAAGAGAAGUAACUAAAUAGACUUGUAGCUUACUGUGAAAGAGGUAGCUCACUGCAGAUAAGUAUUAUGACUUAGGGUUGGAGCUUCCCCGGAUUUCCAGAUAUGAAUGCCUGCUGCCAUUGUCAUGUAUUAAAGUUUAAAGCCAUAGGUGAGCUAGUUUGGAUGUUGAUGACUUGAGUGUGUGGUAACCAAGAGUCUUAUUACUGUGAAUGUUGGCUUUCAGAUCAUACUGUAUCUAGAGAAAUUAUGCUUCUUUUGGAUUUCUUCUGCUGUGCAGUACAGUAACACUGUAGCUAAGAAGACGUUGCUUCUUGCCUAAAAGCCCUUAACAAAUCUCUGUGUAGAUAUAUAUUGCUGUCGUUGCCAAAACACUGUAUAACCAAACUCGGCAUUGCUGUAGGCUACAGAAUAUUUUGUAUGCUAUAACUAAUUAUAUGGUUAUUCUAAACUGGAA